AAAUACAGCCCAGYACACAGCACCGAAGCGGUAGUUUCGUUUCGUUCCGUUCUGCCAUGGAAUCCUUUGUCUGGACGCCGGCGAAURAAACCACYGGCGRCAUCCGCAACRACAACGGCAACGACAACAAGAGCGAGUGGCGCGUUGUGGUCGACUGCCUGCGGUCCACAAGGAUCUACGACAGCGACCCGCAGUCCCUCCGGAAGCAGUCCCACGCGGCCUGGAAGAAGGAGCUCCACCUCACCCGCUUUGCCAACCAGGAACUCCCGGAGGCCCUCUGGGGGUCCAACUUUUUGUCCCUGACCUGCUCUCCCGCCAACCGCGACAUUAACGGCAACGAAAACGGCAACGAAAACGGCAACGACAACAAGAACGGCAAUGGCAGCAGCAGCAGCGGCGGCGGCGGUUCGACGCGGAUUUCCUUUUGUGCCCUCGAGGCCCUGCGGACCUGGGCCCUGAUGGACAUGGAGCGCGGGCCCGGCGAUUCCCCCAGGCCCACCGUCUUUCCCCAUUCGUCGGGCGCCGUUCCCGAUGCGUGGGACUACACCUACACCACCAACUACGCGGGGUCCGUGGAAGCUUUCCCCCAAGGCSCCUCCGUUUCUCCGCAGGCGGCCCAGCCGGACGGAACGACGGUGUACGCCACCAGGGUCGAACCCAUCGGAAGGGGAACCGGGCCGGAACAAGGCUUCGGCCGUUCGACACCAACGACCUCCUUCGAAAAGCUUUCCAAACCGCAAACGCCGGCCGAAGCUGCGGUCCUCCAACGGUUCGCGAUCGCCGCCGAGCUCCGGCCCCCGCUCUGCAAGUGCGUCGGGGGCCGGAUGAUMUGCGCGGGGGUGGCGCGGACCCUGCGGAACCGGCGGGGGGGGAGAGACGGUUCGCCGGAAGCCUCCUUCCCGCGAGAGAACACGGGCCGGCCUUUCCCACCUUCUGCCACCGCCGACCCACCGGCCGCGUCCCCGGGGUGGACGCCCCUCGGCGCCUCCCCUUGUGCCCCCGCCUUUGACCUGGAAGGGCUGCUGAACGACCAGCGGUCCCUUCCGCUGUACUCGACGGGGACGAUCCCGCUGUGGAUCCAGAACCUCGAUCCGCACAGCUAUUCCUUUCUGACCGUGGCGGCGGUCGUCUUUGGGGGGRGMRSGGCGCAAGCCCACGGUUUUCUGGCCGUCGUCCUGCGCUGCUUCGUGCGGGUCAACGGGGUCGGGGCGAGGCUGGUCGACGCCAGGUUCCUCUUCCGGGAAGAAGAAGGGGAGGAGGAACAACAGGCCGGGCCACGGGAGAGRGAUUCCCGGCCCAUUCGAGACGCAGAGGGCAGCRMAAACAMAAGCAAGAGCAACCACCAAACGAAAGGCGGAMRGCMRAMCCGAAAACUCGUCGUUCUCCGGGAGCGGUCCUGGAGGGAAGGGACCUGGGAGCAAUACACGGCGGGAAUGAGAAAGGGCCAGGCGCUCGGGACGGACCUCGAACAGGGGAAGCGUGCCUCCAAGAAUCUCCCCCACAAAAUGCCCCCCAGGGUGGACCGGAUGGUGCUCUGGGAAAGCGACGGGGACCRCAAAAGGGAGGCCCCCACGGCUGGCGCUGGGGGUGCCAGCGGCGUUGCCAGCGACAGCGACAGCACCGACGGAACCGACGAAGCCAAGGCAUCUCGGAUUCGUCGACCCCACCACCACCACCACCACCAUACAGAGGCAAACGAUCUCCGAGGCUGCCAAGGUCUUGGUCGACCUCCUUCAUUCAACGACGGUGGUGCUGCUUCCUUGGUGCAAAGCGAAGCAUGGACCGUUUCCGUGCCGUGGAACAGGGGCAUUUCCAUCGUCUGUUCCAGCAGCAGCAGCAGCAGCAGCAGCAGCACCGGCGGACCGUUAGCUCCAUCGAGCGGCGCCGGCGCCCGCAUCCUUSCAAUGGUGGUCGAUGGGACCACCGUCGUUGCACUGGAUCCGGCAACGGGGGGAGUGGUCUGGGAACACGAUCCGCUGCGGGUGCGAGACGGGCUUCCGGCAAAGGGGAWCGGGACCGGAACCGAGGAGGAACCACCAAACACCGGGGCCGGGAGGAAACGUCCCUCCCUGGUAUCCCUCGCCGUGCACCACCACCGGUGCUCCCCGCCCGGCUCCAGCGCGGACAGACUACUGGUUGGAGACGAUCGGGGGUCCGUCCACGUCAUCGAGUGCGGUCCGUUGGGCAACGACGCGGAACCACCGGUAAGCCUCUCGCAGCGGUCCUAUUCCUUUCGCGACGAAGAUKCUCAAGGGGGAAGGAGAGGCGAGAACGGAAGCAACCGUCGCUACCAGACCUCGCUCUGGGUCGAUCACGUGGCCUGGGACGGCAAUGGGCGCUCUUUCGCGGCCGCCGCGGGGAAGAAACUCAUGAUCAAUGGGAAUACACUGGAAACCAAAGGGACCAUAUACGGCCUGAAAUUUCUUCCCGAGAAAGCCUCGGCGAGUGGGGACAGGGAGACUUCUGCCGGAGACGAAYCUCUCGAGCAACCGCACCAGCUCUUAGCGGUAGCCAUCUAUGGGGGGCUGGUGCUCGUCGAUGCCGGCASCAUGGAGGUUCGGGACCAGGCCUUUGGCAUUGGCAACUCGGCGGUCCUAUCGCUCGCGGUGGCCGGAGACGGAGGCUCCAUCGGGAUCGGCUGCCUCGACAAGCGGCUUCGGGUCUACCGAUGCACUCGCCAAGAAACAAAAACCCCGGUCUGGAAGGCCCUCGACUGGAUCGGCUUUGACGGAAAGGUAACCCAAGCGCUUUUUUCUCCCGGACACCAAAAGCUGGCGGCGCUYGGUGGRUCGAUGCUGGUCGUGCUGGACGCUUCCGGAUCGUCGGAAUGGGGCGAGGCACCGGUGGUCUGCUCGCUCUGGCCACCGAGCCAGCACGGAAGGGACAACGGGCGAGGCCAAACGGGGUCCGACGGGAGCAGGGCCGCCGCCCGGUUUGGGUCCUUUGCCUGGGCCUCCGAGAAUCUUUUGGUAGCUUUUGUGGCAAAGGAGCGCGUGCUGCACGUUUUCGAUGUUCGAAAGACCACCGACGCGGUGCCCAAGAGGUGCCAUCCGGUGGUUGCGACGCCGUUCGAGACAGGCUUUGCCGUCCUGGAAAGCAGCGGCGGCAACAACGACGCGGAAGGAGGAGAACUCCUGGUGUGGGGACAGUCUCAGAUGACCAAGAUGAAACUGGUAUUUCACUGAUCCCUCACACCACACGGUCAACRGCCUAGAAWAAAAACUAUGAGCGCAAGCGAGGCAACGGUCGGAUUGGACAAAAAUACUUGGAAGUCUAAAUCGGGGUGUUAAAAAGUUUUGAAUGAAUGUUACAAUUAAAU